CACAGUCAGGACAGUUCAAUGAAGACAUGAUCCCAACGGUGGGCUUCAACAUGAGGAAGAUCACCAAGGGGAAUGUUACUAUAAAGCUGUGGGACAUCGGGGGCCAGCCACGGUUUCGCAGCAUGUGGGAGCGAUAUUGCCGUGGAGUGAGUGCCAUCGUAUACAUGGUGGAUGCUGCUGACCAGGAGAAGAUAGAGGCCUCCAAGAAUGAACUGCACAACCUGCUCGACAAACCGCAGCUCCAGGGCAUCCCGGUCCUUGUCCUGGGGAACAAGAGGGACCUGCCUGGUGCCUUGGAUGAGAAGGAGCUUAUUGAGAAGAUGAACCUCUCUGCCAUCCAGGACCGAGAGAUCUGUUGCUAUUCUAUCUCCUGCAAAGAAAAGGACAACAUUGACAUCACCCUACAGUGGCUUAUCCAGCACUCGAAGUCCAGGCGGAGCUGAGAUCCUGUGGGCUCAGCUAGGCUCGGAAGAUGCCAUUGUACAAGCCCAUGCCCCUUUCUCCUGCUCUGUCCCUCCAGCUCUCUCUCUAGAUGGGUAUUUUUAGGGGACCCCAGACUCCCCCUGUAUUGGGGCAGAGUCCUUGUUUUUAUUGUAAAGAAAAUGUCCGACUACCCUUCCCUCCUCUCCUCUCCUCUCCUCUCUUCUCUUUCUCCAUCUCUUCCUCCAUUUUGGCACUGUUCUGUUGUUGUCUGUGUAUACAGUAUAUAUAUGUAUAUAUAUUUUAA